AAUUUAUAUUUAGAAGAGCUUUUUGAAACACUUAUUGAUGCUGAGGUGCCAAAGAUUAACAUUGACCUCGGCAACCAAAUUCAUUUUGUGAAGUUUCCCAACUUCUUGAGCGUCGAACCUCGGAUGUUCGACCCUGAUGCGUACGAAGAUGAGAUCGAUGAAGACCAGGUAUUGGACGAGGAGGGUCGGAGCAGACUUAAGUUGAAAGUUGAAAACACGAUCCGAUGGCGCAACGCUGUGGACGAGCACGGAAACACGGUUCGCGAAAGUAACGCCCGUAUAGUCCGUAUGUCGCUGUAUCUUGGUUCGGAAGUGUUCGACGUGCAUCUGCACCCACUUCAAGGCGACCAUCAUCAUCUGUUUAUCCGACAAGGAACAGGACUACAGGGCAGGGCCCUCUUUCGAACAAAGCUAACCUUCCGGCCGCACUCUAUCGAAAGUUUCACCCACAGGAAAAUGACGCUCAGUAUGGCAGAUCGAAACAACAAAACGCAGAAGGUCAAGGUGUUGUCAGUGGUGGGCACGGACCCAGAAACGCAGAAGCAAAAAGAAGAAGAGCGCCUUCGGGCUAGUAGACGACUGAAGGAAAGAUCCCACAUGCGUGGUUUGUCUGCAAACUACCUUGAAGCUGAUCGCGAUGAAUCAGAAGAGGAUGAAGGGGCUGUUUCGAUUUCUGCUAUUAAGCGGCGUUUUAAAACGGGUGCCAAACAAUACAUUCAGUCUCAACAUGCCGGUGACCAUUCCGGUGCUGAAAGCGACGAAUCAGAUGAAUCAACGAGGCAGAAGUUAGAACACACUAAAAGAUUGGAUAGCGAUGACGAGGAUGAAGAAGAGACGGAUGAUAAGCCGAAAAGGAGAGCCAAAGUUAUUGAGGAAAGUGAUGAGGAAGACGAUGAUUAA